UCACUCUUUUUCUUCACUCCACAUCACAACACACUCUCUUGUCUUGCUCUCUGCACUGCACUGCAAUGGAGGAAAGGAAAAUGAAACCCAACAACAAUGCCCUUCUUUUCUUUCUCUUAACCAUCUCCUUCUCACUCUCCACCGCUGCUGUAUCUCACUUUGAAACCCAAUCUCUGACCCUCAACUCUCUCCCCCACCAACCCACCCUCUCAUGGCCUGAAUCUGAAGAAGAAGAAGAAGAAGAACUCUCCAUACCCGAAUCCGAAGGAUCCGACCCAGAAACACUCUCACUUCAGCUCCACCACAUAGACGCACUCUCCUCCACCAAAACCCCUGAACAGCUCUUCCAUCUCAGGCUCCAAAGAGACGCUGCCAGAGCUGAAUCCUUCUUCACCACCUCCGCCGCAGCUCUCAACAACUCCCACGCGCCCAGAUCCGGAGCGGGUUUCAGCAGCUCCAUCAUCUCCGGUCUAGCCCAGGGAAGCGGCGAGUACUUCACACGCAUCGGCGUCGGCACCCCCGCGAGGUACGUCUACAUGGUACUCGACACAGGAAGCGACGUCGUUUGGCUCCAGUGUGCACCGUGCCGCAAAUGCUACUCCCAGGCUGACCCGGUUUUCGACCCGUCAAAAUCCCGCACAUACGCCGGGAUCCCCUGCGGUGCACCACUCUGCCGGCGACUUGACUCCGCCGGCUGCAACAGCAAGAAGGUUUGCCAGUACCAAGUCUCCUACGGUGAUGGAUCCUUCACGUUCGGUGAUUUCUCCACUGAAACGUUAACGUUCCGGAGAUCCAGAGUGACGCGCGUGGCUCUCGGUUGCGGCCAUGACAACGAAGGCCUCUUCGUCGGCGCCGCCGGGCUUUUAGGCCUCGGCCGCGGGAGGUUGUCGUUCCCGAUCCAAACCGGUCGCCGGUUCAACCAGAAAUUCUCGUACUGCCUGGUGGACCGCUCCGCUUCGGCCAAACCAUCUUCCGUCGUGUUCGGCGACGCCGCCGUUUCACGAACCGCCAAAUUCACACCGCUGCUGAAAAACCCUAAGCUCGACACCUUCUACUACGUUGAGCUUCUCGGGAUCAGCGUGGGUGGCACACCAGUUCGCGGCGUCUCCGCCUCGCUCUUCAAGCUCGAUCCCACCGGGAACGGUGGCGUGAUAAUCGAUUCUGGCACUUCCGUGACUCGCCUGACCCGGCCCGCGUACACUGCACUGAGAGACGCUUUCCGUCUCGGAGCUUCGCAUCUGAAGCGUGCGCCGGAGUUCUCGCUGUUUGACACGUGCUUUGAUCUCUCCGGGCAGACGGAGGUGAAGGUUCCGACGGUGGUGCUGCACUUCCGGGGAGCUGAUGUGUCGCUUCCGGCGACGAACUACUUGAUUCCGGUGGAUAGUAGUGGAAGCUUCUGCUUCGCAUUCGCCGGAACGAUGAGCGGGUUGUCCAUUAUCGGCAACAUCCAGCAGCAAGGCUUCCGGGUCGUUUACGAUCUUGGUAGUUCUCGGGUCGGGUUUGCCCCGAGAGGUUGCGCGUGAGAAUCGUGGUGGGAAAAAACUCUUUCCCCUGUUUUCUGAUUAUUAAUUAUUAUUACCUGCUUUCUUUUCUUUUUUUGUAAUUUAAUUUCGAGUUUUAAAAAGUUAGAUUAUUAGAGAAGGAAAGAUAAGAUUGACAUCUGAAUCUUUUUAGAUCUUACGGAAAGAUUGAACAAAAUGUUUCCACUGUUUGUUGUGUUUUCCUGUUUCUUAAUCCAUUACCUUCGUGAGAAAGACAAUUAUCUCAAUCCUUCAAUCUAUAUAAAGUAUAAUGUAUUAUCAGAGAAGUGAAUAUUCUCAAAGUGAAAUUUAGUAUUGAGUUUAAGGGAAAUUCAAGCAUUCUAGUGCUACAUCUUUCAACAUUUCA